AUGGACCACUCCCUGGAGCACCACCGCGCCUAUCUUGGCAAGUCUGUCUCCCAGCUACCCACGCCGUCCUUUGUAGUUAGCCUCCCCAUCGUGCAGAGGAACAUUGCCAGAUUGCAUCAAGACGUUUCCGAUCUUGGUAUCGGCUUCCGACCGCACGUCAAAACACUUAAGACACUUGAAAUCACGCGGUUGAUGCUUGCAAACGGAAGAUAUCGCUCUGUUGUCGCCUCGACCCUGGCAGAGAUCCGUGGAGUUCUCCCUUUGGUCCAAGAGGGUGUUUUGGAUGAGUGUCUCUAUGGCAUGCCUGUCUACCCCGGUGCUUUGCCUGCACUCCAGCAAUUGCACAAGUCUAUCCGCAUACAACUCAUGGUCGAUAACGAGCAGCAAAUCACUUGCCUGGAUAAUUUCCCAACCGAAUCAACACAGCCGUGGGACAUUUUCAUCAAAAUCGAUGUCGGUUCGCACAGAGCCGGCAUACAACCAGAAUCGUCUUUAUUAUGCAGGCUGGUCGCAAAGGCCGAAAAGUCUCACUCUGUCAAUAUUGCUGGCUUUUACUGCCAUGCGGGCCAUUCCUAUGCCGGGCGUUCUCCCGCCGAGGCAGAAAGGACGUUGCAAGAUGAGGUCUCGGGAGUCUUGAGCGCAUCGAAACUCUUGCCCGCGACGCGCAAGCUCUGGGUGUCGGUGGGAUCAACACCGACAGCCCAUGUGGUUAAGAGCUUGAAGGCCACGCUUCCAGCAAACAUAGAGCUGGAAUUACACGCAGGCAUGUCUAUGUGA